UGGUUCCACAGCGCUCGGCUGUACAGAUGAGGCACGCGGUUGGCAGCUCUUUCACACACUGUUUUUAUUCAAGUGAAAUUACAUGAAGAGCAGUGGAAGAAACCAAAAACGGCUGAUACAAGACACAUGACACCGAAUUACGAGUGACAGUUUGCGUUUGUAUCCCUGAAUCUGCGUUGUCCGCGUGCGUGCGUGUUCCUGCUCCCCUUUCCGCUGUUCCCUUGUGCCGCUCCGUUUCAAUAAAAGGCACGCACUCAACUUUCAUCUGUCCUCAGCGCGUCUCUGCCGUGCAGCCUGAAGGGGGCGCUCUACCCGAGCGUGAGCGAAAGGGCCUUCGCCGACCGAGCUCUCCGACGGUGCCGAAACCCUGUCGCCGGUCAAGGGCGAAGCGCGGAGAGGGCUACGCCGCGGCGCACGCACUGUAGGCCCACCGAGGUUCUUGCGCACGCUGUGGCCUCAACUCAACGCGAACCCGACAGACAGCAGGGCGCACGACAUCGCCCCCCCAGCGUUGCAGAAGAGGCCCCUCCCUCCACAGACCAUCAGCAGCGCCUCCGCCAGGUGGGACGGGGAGGCAGGCGGGCGAACGACGUCCGCUCGGAAGCGAACGUGGCUCCCGGUCCCAUUUGAAUAAGCCCUGCGAUCAGAACUGAGGUCACGUGUCCAGCAGGACGAACGACGGACCCACCGCUGCAUGUCAGACGUCCAUCGAUGUUGGGGUUUGACGUCCAUCGGCAUCAGUGUCUCUCCUGUUAUGGACCGUGGACGUGGGGAGAGGGAAGGUCACGGCCGUGUGAGAGUCAUGCCGAGAUGGGCAGGGGAUUGGAUUAUGGAAGGCACGGGAUUAGGAUGAGGAGAUGAGCCGAUACGCACACACACGCACUCUGAGCGAGAGAUGCGGCGGGGGCACAGAAGACACGGAAUCAGUGGAGGGAGAGGGACCGCAGACGAGGUACCGGGACAACGGCGGGCGGCUCUUCGAUCACAGUUUACGCACACGAGUGUUCGCUGUGAGCGAAGGGUGUUCUACUGAGCGCAGCUGAGCAACGCUGCAGGACAGCAGGUGGCGCAGUGGUUAGCGCUCCCACGUUCGAACCCUUGAUCGAGGUGCCCGCGCUCGACUGCUGCGUGAACAGGUAAAUCAGCGUAAGCAGCUUUCGGAGAAAACGGAUGAGUGAGAACACCAAGAGUGUGUUUCUGCGAAGGGUCAGCCACAGGCGGCACUGACACCGCAAGCUCCUGUGACGCAGGCGGGCGUUGGGUUCGCGCCCCAGGCACCUCGUCCUCGUCUCGUUCCUUCAGUGCCGCUUGUUGCCGAAGCGCUCCAACUGCACCGCGAGUGAGUGUGAGUGUGUGUGUGCGCUGAGAAUUCCUGCCUGGGCUGUGUCCUCAUGCCGUGUCUCUUGCCGAGCGCAGCUGAGCCAUGGUCCUCGACCUUGAGCGCGUGAUCCAGUGUGUGAAGCGCGGCGAUCAGGACGCCGUGCAGAAGCAGCUACGGGACUUCAACACGCAGCACGCCGAGUGCUUCUUCUUCGACGCCGAGGAGCGUGAGCGCAGGAAGCAACGGGAGCUGGAAGAGUUCAGACGCACCAAAGUGAGAGAGCGCAUCCCCACCUCCGACUCGGACCUGGACUCGAGCGACGGCGAAGACGACGACCGGGUCCUCAGACAGAGGCUGGCAGCCGCCCUCGUCCACUUUGUCGGGAUGCAGCUGCAGCCGGGGGCGCUGCGGGUCUGCCUCUGCACGCUGCGCAUCCUGUCCCGCGAGCGCCACGCCCUCACCCCGCUGGCCUCCGACACGGCGCUGCUCACGUUGGCCCGCCUGGGGGGCCUGUCCUCACCCCCUCCGUCCCACGACGAAGACGCGGACGAGCCGGGACGCGGCGGCCCGCCUGCCGGUUCUGACACCUCAAGCCCCUCCCAGAUGGCUCGAUCUGAGGAGCUGUGCAGCGGGAGCGGCACAGAGCGGGCCGACGGCGGUGCGGAGGUGGCGAGAGGCCGAGCGCUGGGCGAAGGAGAGGCGGAGGAAGAGGACGACGAUGGCGACGCGUGCAGGAAGGAAGCGCUGAAGGCCCUGUGCAAUGUCAUCUACAGCAGCCAGAGGGCGCAAGAGAGAGCGAGUGCGCUAAGGCUGCUCACCGCGCUCUCGAGGAGGCUCAAAGAGGGCCUCGGUGCACCGGCGCCCCCAAGUGGACGGUUCUAUGAGCUGCGCCUCCUUUUCCUGCUCACGGCCCUCCGGCCUGAACUGAGAGAGCAGCUGAAGCAGGAGAGGGGUGUGUCCUUGCUGACAGCCACUCUGGAGCAAUGCCUGUCGCUGCGCUGCCCUGAGGGCCAUGAGGUGCUCACUGACCACACAGCGCCCCCUGUCUCUAAGGAUGUGUCGGCGCACGCCAUGGAGGUCCUGAAGGUGCUCUUCAACGUCACUCUCGGCGCCCGCAGACAGGAGCCAGACGAGGAAGAUGCUGCUCUCUACCGCCACCUGGCGGCGGUGCUACGCCACUGCCUGCUGCUGCCAUGUGACGGAGAGGAGAGGACCGAGGAGCUUCAGGGGCACACGGUGAACGUGCUGUCGGUGCUGCCGCUGCGGUGCCUUGACGUGCUGCUGUCCGGGCACCUCGUCCACAGCUCGCACUGGUGGGAGGGACUCAACAUGGACUGCGUCCACGCCCUGCUGCUCUUCAUGGACAGACGACUGGACAGGGUAAGGCUGGCGGGGCGAAAACAGUUAUUCGCAGGACAAGGUGCCCCGGUGCCCUCUAGUAUAUGGCUCGAGCCAAGCACGCUGCUCCUGCUCCGGUCCAUACAGUACGGUAAAGUACAGUACAGCACAGUGAACAUCGAGAAGAAUCCAUACUGUGUUUGGGGUCAGUCAGAAUUGUCUCUUGUCAUCAGGAGUGAGGAAGUGUCCUUUUACUGGAUGUUACAGGGUCUGAAGCUCAAGCAGAAGCUGACGCCGGUCCUCAACCUGCUGACCGAGAGCUGCAGGGUGCACAGAGAGAUUCGCCAUUACCUACGGCAACAGAUCCUGCCUCCACUGCGAGAUGUGUCCUGCCGGCCGGAACAGGAGGCUACGCGGAGGGGCCGCCUCGCCCGGCUCAUGACGCACGUGGACACUGAUGUGAAGCACUGUGCUGCCGAGCUGCUCUUUGUGCUGUGCAAGGAAAACGUGCGCAGGUUCGUCAAAUACACGGGCUACGGCAAUGCGGCUGGCCUGCUGGCGGCCCGGGGGCUGCUGGGUGGGGGCAACGUGGGUGCCACUGAGGGGCGCUACUCCAGCGACUCGGAUUCGGACACGGAGGAAUACCGGCGGGUGAAGGCACGGGUCAAUCUGGUGACGGGCCGUGUGGAGGAGGAGCAGCCGGACCCCAUGGAGGGCAUGACGGACGAGGAGAAGGAGGCGGAGGCCCGCAGGCUCGUCGCCUUGUUCGACCGCCUCUCCAGGGACGAGAUUAUCCAGCCCGUGGGGGUGACUGCCGAAGGCAGACUGGCGCCGCUGCGAGGCGCCCAGAGGAACCGCUCCCCGGCAGAAGAAAGCGCAAGCGAGGAAGAGAGCGACGACGACUGAGCGCCAGGAGCACUCCUGUUACGAGAUACGGCAGGGUAGUGGCGGCAAAGUAGAAAAGUAGCGAGGUCAGUGUCGCACUGUGACCAGAGGAAAAAUGGUCAAGAGUCACUGAGACGCAGGACACGGGUGUGCGGUCACCUUCGCACGUCUCGUCACUGUUUUCACGCUCAGCAGAAUAAAACGUGUUUCUCAGCUCUACUUUUGGGUCAAGUCAUAGUGUCGUUACCACUGCCAUGUGCUCUGCGAACACAGCGGUCCCUGACACACUGCCACCAGUAACACACCGACACACACCGUCACCAGUGAGCCCUGCCUUGCGGACGAGUGCUGGACGAUCUGUGGCUUCCACGUGUACACCACUGAAGCCUCCACCCCGGUGUAAUACCUCCGGCUCUGUUUUUGUCUGCACUUUAAGGUAAAUAACAUACAACUUAGAGUUUUUCUAUUUCUUGUAAUUAGCUCCAUUCCAUAU